UUUAAUUGCGAACUGUUUGUGUUGUUACGUCUAGAACAAGUUCACUUAUAACAACCACUCUUAUAUUCCUGUUAGUUUCGGAUUUGUACAUAUCUCUUAAUUAACUUCAUUAUAUCACGAACAAUAUAAUUAGUCACGAAGAACUAUUGGAAAGUUCUUCAAGUAUGAUGUCGUGUGGUUAUAUUACAGUUGCUGAGGGGACCUGGGGCUCCUCUCGUUUGUCUGCCAAACUGUUGAUGUCGAUGAUGGUGAUGAUAGUGAUGAUGUCUCCUUACACUUCAGCCUCUAUUGAAAUGACCAACCUGUCACCUGCUGACGGUUUCACCAUUGGAGAAGGAAAAACAAUGAAUAUUGUAUGUUCAUAUUAUACGAACAAUCUUGUUUGGUUCAGGCUCAUGCGAAACAGCACUUCCGUUGUAGAGAUGCAAUACAACCAAAGCUUUGGAGUCUUUGAAACGAAGAUGUAUGAGAAAGAUUUCAGUUGUACUUUCAUGCGAUAUUCAUCGAAUUCUGGUGUGUUCAAAUGCUGGAAAAAGAACCUCAAUUGCAAGGAUGUGGGCUUAUACAGUUGUUGGUUAAGAGACGGAGAUAUUUCCAGUAUAAAGUUUCUAAAAGUGAAAUCUUCUAUUAAGAGCCUGGCACUUGCCGAGAAUGACUUUCAAAUGAGCAGGACAGCUACAUUCAAAUGCACAGCAAAUGUAGCAUUGCCUUUUCCAGGGGUUGUCGUCUUUCAAUGGAGAUUAACAAACGGUAGAAAUGAAAUUGUGAAAGAAGACAGAUUGAAUGUUUGGCAUUCUAACAAAUGUUAUGGUGAAGUAACUUCAUUCUAUCGAUAUAAUGUACAAUAUGAUGAUUUUACUCACCGUUCAGCUGUUUCUUGUACAGUAUUUAACCAGACACAUACAGAGAUAAUCGACCCCCCUAUAAUAAUUGCUAGCAGUGCUCCUGCUGGUAUAUUAUACUCUAAAUGGAUUUUGGUCGUCAAUCUCAUUCUUCUGCUUGUGGCUGUUGCAAUUUCUCGAUAGCGCCAUUCUUUUUUACACAGAGACGAUCAUGAAGAUUCCUAUUCCCGUUAACUGACUUUGGAAUCGACCAGCGUUUUAAGUGAUGAUGACAACAUCCAUGGAACUUUUCCCGAUCCAAAUUCUACAAUAUCUUUAUCAAAUAUUCAAUGCUAAUCUUAUAUGUUAAUUGUAAUCCUUGUAAAUCACUAACUGUAGAAAUACUAACUGUAGUAAUAUAAACAACUAACAAUAUUAACAAUUCAACAUUUGGAGUUACAGUAUUAUAUGUACAGGCAGCCUGGAUAGGUUGACAUAGUUUCAACAGGUUAAAGUUAACAAAAUAGUUAGAACUAAAAUUGUUUAAGAAAAACAUCAAAAUUAUGCUGAUUUAAAAGUUAAACAUUAUUGUUACAGGAAAUGUAU